AUGCUCCGCCGACCCGCCACCGUUCUCUCGCUCACGCCGGAGGACAUCGCCGACUACGAGGAUCGUGCAGCCGAGCGUGCGCGCGCCGCCGAGCUCGUGGCCCGCCAAAAAGCCGCCGAAGCCCACGCCCGUCUCCGCCAGGCCCAACCGCAAGCCACCUCUGCCGCUCUCCGGCGGGCCGCCUUCCCCACGGCCACGCCGACUGCGGGGUCGUCCACGGGCAGCAGCAGGUUCAACAAUGGCGGCGGUAUUGACUUUCACGCGUCCCGGGCCAUGGCGAGCCCGGAAGAGCACCAGUUCAGCGAUGACGGAGAAGGGGAGGAGGAGGAGGAGGAUGUGGACGAUGACUCAGAGAUGGAGACGUCCUACUAUGAUAGGGCGCAGUCGCAGGCUGCGAGGGCGAAUUUACUUCGCAACCGCGUCUUGCAAUCGCAUCACCAUACCGAGCAAGACGAGGAGGAAGACGAGGAAGCAGGGCUAGAUGAGGAGGACCCAGAGGCGCAUUUCGACGAUGAAGAAGAAGAAGAAGAAGCAGAAGAAAUGGAAGACGACAACGACCUCCCAACCACCCAAUACCACCACCACCAACACCGACGCCACCACUCAAUCAACCUCCCCAGCUCCCCUCCCGUCGGCCUCGCAACAGAAACACCCACCAACCCCCAAGCCGCCCGCCACCGCCGAAACAACAGCACCGUAACCACCGCCACCACAGCAACCACCACAACCAACCCCCCACCGCUUCACCAACCCCGCCGUACCCGCGAACGCACCGCCGACCGCAGCACCGCGACCCCCCCGACCCGCGAAACCCGCCGCGGCAGCCACGUCACCGCACCCCCGCCUGCCCCUCAACGCGCCACCCGCGGCCGUGGACGUGCCGGUGCUGGUACUGGUGCCGGUACAGGUACCGGAGGAGGAGGUGGAAGCACAGCAGCUAGCAGCCUACGCGGGAUGUCGUCUUCUCUCUCCCCGCCUCCUGUACGCACUGCCGGUGGUGGUGGUACGCGCCAGCAACCAGUAACAGGGACAUCAUCACGAGUAACACAAGUCCAACAACCCCAACCAUCUUCUACCGCCAACUCGGGCGGGUCCUCACGCGUGGUAUCAGGGUCCGGGUCGGGUUUAGGCGCAGCCAUGACGGCUGCCGGGGUGGCGGCCGUGACGCCUGAGGCCCGGACGCAGAGAGCUGCGGGUGCUGGAGCUGGAGUGGGAGUGGGAGCGCCGACGAGGGAGGAGAGGAUUGGGGUUAUGAAUGCGCCAAGGAGGGGGAGAUCGGAUCGGCUUUAUCAUCAGCAGCAGUAG